CAGCCGAGAGAUAGGCCUAGGUUCCCCCGUGGGGUGCUGGGAACUGGUGUGGAGAGCAUGUCCCCAUGGUCCCCUUUGUUCCUCCUGCUCCUGGAGGUCUCCUGGGCCCUACACACCCCAGAGAUAUGCAAAUCCCUUGCCUACUUGGUCACCCCCAAGGGGAGCUCUGUGGAAAUCACCUGCUCCAUGGAGGGCUUGAAGGGGGUCUACCUGAAGCAGAGGUGGCCGAAAGACAGCAAUGUCAUCUACUAUGAGCAAGCUCAGAUAUACACUGUGGACACGAGCUUCCAGGGCCGCAUCACCUUCUCAGGUUCCAUGAGCAACCUGACCAUCACCAUGAGGGGCCUGCAGCCCAGGGACACGGGUAUCUUCUUCUGCCAGUACGUCAUGCAGAUGAAGGAGGUGCCAGGCCCCGAGACCUUCAUCCUGGUGACAGAUGUCCAAGAGACUUGGCUGACGAGUGUCACUUUCCCUAUAGUCCUGGCCGUGGUCUGCUUCUUCUUCGGGCUGGGGCUAGGGGCCCUGUGUGCGAUGUGGAGGACACAGAUAAAGAGUCUCUGCUGGAGGAAAGACAAGUCCUCAGUGUGUGUGGUCUACGAGGACAUGUCCUACAGUCACUGCAACACUCUGUCCACCCCCAACCAGUACCUCUGACCCCACAGGAUGGACAGAUAGCUGCACAGCUCCUGGGGCCUUCUAGCCAC